AUGUCGACUCCGACUUCGACGAACACACCGAGUCCCACCUCCACUGGUGGUAGUGGUGGUGGCGGCGGCGGAGGAGGUGGAAGCAGCUCUCCUCUGCUCUUCUUUGUCGCGCUGGGUUUCGGAGUCGUCUUUACAAACUUAUGGAUUAUUGUCGGAGUCAAGUAUUGCUUCCGAUACAAUCAGCGUAACCGUCAAGCCCGAGCCGAUGAAUUCGCCGAUCCUAUCGAUAUGGGCCCAGUUCCUCGCCCGCAUCGCCGUCGGCGAGAGAAGAAGCUGAUGACAAUGGAUGAAGUGAAUGAGCGAUUCCCUUUAUCCAAAUACAAGACUUGGCGUUCCUCUCGUGAGUCCGCUGGCCUGCCGUCUACUGGAGGCAUCGACGCACCACCGAGCCGAGCUGGUAGCAUCCGCAAAGAAGUCGGCACAGUCGGCGAGGUCCACGAGGACAAUUCUCCUGCUCAAGAGCAUGCGGCUCAACCAGCAGCACCACCGUCCAUUUCCGAGAACCAAACGGCCAGGGGCGUUCCAGAGCCCUCGUCGUCCACGAUACCGGUGGCUGAUGGCCCAUCAAAGACUGCAGACGCCCAUUCGACCGAAGUGGCACUUGGUGAGAAGACAAAUGCAUUGGAGAGACAGGAAACUGUAGAUAGCACUGGCGGAGACCUUCCUCGCGCGAUUACCACUCAAGGCACUAUUGAAGAAGAUGAUGACGACGACGAAGACGAGCAUAUCCACACCGCCCUCCCGCCCGACCUUGUAAAUACUCCUGGCGACACUUGCGCCAUCUGUCUCGAUACUCUGAACGACGAUGAUGAGAUUCGUGGUCUGACUUGCGGUCACGCUUUCCAUGCGAGCUGCAUUGAUCCUUGGUUGACCUCGCGUCGGGCAUGCUGUCCAUUGUGCAAGGCCGAUUAUUACACUCCGAAACCUCGCCCCGAAGGUGAAGCGGCAGAUUCUGAUCGGUCUGGCCGGCGGCACCAAGGAACGAGCGGUUCGCGAAUGAAUAUGCCGUUGCCGCCCCAGUCUGCUUGGAUAGGUGCACGAGGAGCAUUCUUCCGACCAACGUCCAUGCCUGCUCGAUACCCUGGGCAGCAGCAGCAGCAGCGACGUGGCCGAACCGGCUUCUUUACGCCAGAAGGUGGACCCAGACGAGCCCAACGGGUGCCCGGUACAGAGGCGCCUACCAACACCUCUCCAAAUAAUGUUGGCAGAGGCUGGAUGCCUCGAGUGUCGAAUCCUUUCAGAAACAUGUCUCGACCGACCAUGCCCCAGUUGCGUCUUCCUGGGCGGUCCAACCAGCACCAAAAUAAUGCCGGCGGCGAGUCAAGUGUUACACCAGGACAGCUUGAGGCCGGCAGUCGAUGA